AACCCUUCCACAAGAGAAUCAACAGUACUUCGUAGUACAGAAUUUUUACCGUCAGAGGAUUAUAUUUGCGGAUUGGGGUAUGACGCAACUAGUGGUGUCUAUAUGAUCCUUAAGAUCGGUUACCAAUCAUGUAGUGAAAUUCUUGCACUGAAAAGUGGUUCGUGGAGAAUAAUAGGUAAGCCUACUGGCAUUUACCGCUCGUGGUUGUUUGAUAUGGACUCUCAGGCUUUUGUACAUGGAGCAUUUCAUUGGCUUGGUUUGUCACGGGAUGAGUCUGUGACUUCAUACGAUAUUUCAAAUGAGGUAUUCAAAGAAAUAACAUUUCCAGAUGGAAAGUUUGUGGUUCCGGGCAUGAAUUGCGUCAAACAUGGCCUUUCGGUAUUGGGAGAGAUGAUUUGCAUUUGUACUACUCAUUAUGAUCAAUGGAAGUACACUUUUAACUUAUGGAUAAUGAAAGACUAUGGUAUUAAGGAAUCUUGGACUCGAUUUUUUACUAUCUUAAGUACCGAUCUUUAUUCUUUGGUACCAGAAUACAGGUUUUCAGAUGGUGAAGUGUUACUCCGUUGCAAGCAUUUUGACCGUUGUCGUUAUAUAUUUAAGACAACCAAAGAAUCAUCUGGUUUUGGGUUCAAUCUCGUUCAGAAUGCAUUCGGAAUGGAUUUGUUUAUACAGAAAGCUUGA